CCUGCAUAUACCCUUACCAUUCGCUGUAAGACGUCAAAGAAACGAGUAACUUGCGUUCUACUUUCAGUAAUGUUCAUAUGUUUCUGAAAUUAGCGAUGUCAAAGAUUGUUUGUCGAAUGGUCAUGCAGAUGCUUACAAGACCGGUAUCAUUAACAGGAUCUGUCCUCGGAUGCAGGCCUGUAUGCUCUGUAAGACACAGCCACUGGAUGACCUCAGUGAUUUCACUGAAGACUUCGGUUCCUUUAAGAGCGGAGCCGAAGAAAAAGAAAAAGGUUGACCCGCGCCGUGAUCUUAUGGUAAAAGAGCGUCUGAAGAAAAAGGUGAAGAAGCUUGAGAAAAUCCCACCCGAGCUUAUUCCUAUAGAAGACUUUAUACCUCCAGCCAAGUGCUUUGAUGAGAUCAGAGUCCGCAGCCCUCCCCAAUUGUCUUUUGAAGAGAGUGAGCGAAGGGGACUGCUGCUUAAGGAAUGGUCCAGAUACAAGAACUCCCAGCACCAGGCUGAGAUGGCAGCUAUUGAAGAGGCUCUAAAGGCCCAGACAAAAGCUUUAAAAGAGCUUCAGCUGGAAUCAGAAGAGCUUUACAAAGCAGCAGUCAGCCCUGACAGUAGUCUUUUCCCCUUCCAGCACCAUGGUCCCUGCUAUACUCCACCUAUUCCAAACCAAGAGGCCCCUGAUGGCAAAUAUAAUAACAUUACACGAGUGUACACACAAUAAUGGAACUUAGUGACUGCUGCUAGUACUAAUGAAAAAUGUGUGAUGGAACUCUACUUCUGGUUUGUAAUUUCUGUGCUGUUUGAAAUCAUUUCAUGACUAAUAUUGAGCAGUUGUAUUAAAUGCAUAUCUGUAGAAAAGCA